AUGCAUUCGCUCCGGCAACAAAAUGGGCUGCUCCAGGUGGAGAGGAUCGCUGCUGCCUGGAGCACUGGGGAGAGGGUCAGAUUGACAAGAGUCAGGAGAGCCGAGCUGGUUGCUGCGAUCAAGCAGUGCGGCCAGGCCAGGGAUUUGGAAAGAGGGAAGAGGGUCCAUUGCGCUGCGGUGGCCGCUGGUUUCCACACCAACAAGUUUGUGGCGUCGGUGCUCAUCACAAUGUACGGCAGAUGCCGCAGCGUGGCACUUGCAAGGGAGGUGUUUGACGCGAUGAUUCAUCGCGAUCUUGUUGCCUGGAACUCCAUCAUCCUAGCUUACGUGGACAAUGGCAAUUUCUCCUCGGCUUUGAGCCUGUUCGCGAGCAUGGACUUCGAAGCCGACGCAUUUACUUAUGUCGCAGCGCUCAAGGCUUGUGCGGGAUUAGCAAGAGAAGUCCAUCUCCGCGAGAGUUUGCUCAAGAGAGGCAUUGCCAUUCACGAGCGAGUGAAGCAGCGAGGCCUCCAAUCGAACGUUCUCGUGGCCAACACUCUGUUGGACAUGUAUUGCAAGUGUGGGAGCUUACGGGGAGCGAUGCAAGUUUUCGAGGAGCUUGUUCCUUGCAGAAAUGUUGUGACUUGGACGUGUUUGAUCCUGGGGCAUGUCGAGAGUGGCGAGAGCUUGGCAGCUCUGGAUUUGUUCGAGAGCAUGGAUUGCCAGCCCGACUCUUUCACCUAUGUUGCAGCACUCAAGGCGAUCGUCCGGUUGGCCAGCCAAAGCGAUCGAGUCAAGUUUUGCUUGGAAAAAGGGAUCGCAAUUCACAAACAUAUCAAGCAGCAGGGAUUUGAGUCAGACAGCGUCGUGGCCAGCGCUGUCAUGGACAUGUACUCCAAAUGCCGGAGCUGGGGAAGUGCUCUCGAGUUGUUCUUCGAGAGAAUGACGAUGAGAUGCUAUGAGCCUGAUAGUUUUACGUGCAUUGCGGCGCUCAAAGCUUGCGGUGGCCUUGCCAGUAUGGGAAGUGAAGGCUCAGAGAAGCUAGUGCUCUUGAACAAAGGAAUCGCCAUCCACAAGCAAGCCGUGGAGCAUGGAUUCGCUUCAAGCUUAAAGGUGGCGAGCACCCUGGUUUACAUGUAUAGCAAAUGCGGAGACAUGAGGUUUGCAAGGGAGGUUUUUGACGGGAUGGUUUCCAGAGAUGUCCAGAGCUGGACGUGUAUCAUCCUGGGUUAUGUCGAGAAUGGAGACUUCUCCAUGGGGAUAGAGUUGUUCGUGAGAAUGGAGUGUGACGCUGAUGCGUUUGCGUAUGCUGCCGGUCUCAAGGCUUACACUGGUUUAGCAAGGGAGAGAGAGUCGGAGAGGCAACUCUGUCUCCGAGAAGGCAUAGAGAUCCACAGGCAAAUUAGAGAGCGUGGUUUUGAUUCGGACGUGGUUGUGGUGACUUCUCUCAUGGAUCUGUAUUCCAAGUGCGGGAGUUUGGAGCGAGCUAUGGAAUUGUUCUCAAGCAUCAAGUGUGAGCCGGACGCUCUCGUCUUUGCUGCGGCGCUCAAUGUUUGCGGAGCCUUGGCAGAUCUAGAGAGAGGGAUUGAGAUUCACAAGAAACUCCGUGACCACCACCAUUCAGCUGUGAGAUGGGAAUCGGACUUAAACGUAGGAAACUCUCUGAUAAACAUGUACAUGAAGUGUGGGCGCCUGGAGCAUGCUAGACGGGUGUUUGAGGCGAUGAUCCACAAAAACGCUGGGACCUCGAGCCUGCUUAUCCAAGGUUAUGUGAGGAAUGGCGAAAACGCGGCAGCUAUAGACUUGUUUAUGGAGAUGAACUGCGAGGCCGACGCUUUUGCUUGUGUCUCGGUACUCAAAGCUUGCGGAGCUUUAGCCAGCGAGAAAGGAUUAAGCUUGCCAGGAAACAAUUGUCUCCUCGAAAGAGGGAUUGCGAUCCACAAGAGAGUGAGAGACCUCGGGUAUGAAUCAAAGUUGGCUGUAGCGAGUACUCUUGUGGACCUAUAUUGCAAGUGUGGAUGCAUGGUCCUAGCGAGAGAAGUGUUUGACAGGAUGAUCCAGCGUGACAUUGUCUCCUGGAACGCUCUCUUUCUUGGCUACGUGGAAAAUGGCGAGCCUGGCAUUGCUCUCGACUUGUUCUUACUUGGAGGAUUGGACUGUGAAGCCGACACCUUCACUCAUGUUGCUCUGCUCAAAGGAUGCGGGAUUUUGGCCGCUCUAUCUCUCGGAAGAUGGAUUCACGGCAGAGCUUGCAGGCUUGGAAUGGAGCGAGAUCAAGUGUUUGCAAAUGCCUUGGUGGACUUCUACGGAAACUGUGGCGAGAUGGUUGCGGCUAGAGAGGUGUUUCUUGGUAUGGUUUCUCCAAAUGUCGUCUCCUGGAGUGCUUUGAUCGCAGGAUACAGCUCUCUGGGAGACGUAAACCAGGUGCUAACUCUAGCAAGGGCGAUGGAACUAGAAGCUGGACUGGAGAUGAAUGGGAUCACGCUCAUCAGUGUUCUUACGGCUUGUAGUCAUGCCGGCCUCGUCGAGGAGGGAAAACUCUACUUGGCAAAACUGGUGAAUCCGAGCGUGGAACACUACAACUGCAUGGUGGACGUGCUUGGCCGAGCAAAUCAUCUGGAAGAGGCACUGUCAUUAGUCAAGAGCUUGGAUGGUAGAGUUAAUGAUGCUUCGUGGAUGAUUUUGCUGGGUGCUUGCAAGAAAUGGAACAACAUGGAGGUUGGCAAGGUUGCAUUCGAUGCAUUGGUGGCGCGGGACACCAGAGACGCAGCUCCAUUCGUGUUGAUAUCCAAUAUGUGGAGGUUUGAGAAUAAGCUAUGA